AUGGGAACGAAGAGGCCAGCUGAAGACUCUGCGGGAGCGAGGGACAAGAAGCAAAGAACGAAGAAGCAAUGGAGAACUCCUCGCAACGGCGAAGCGAACAAGCAGGUGAUCCAGCCUGGCGAUAGCGGCAUCUGGGGCACGUGCAACAAAGGCAAAGAACGAGCGUGUGUUGGGGAACUCCGGGACCUCUUCGCAGAAUACGCUGAACUACUCUAUGGCGUUGGAGCGGCCGGCGAAGCCAACAACGACAUCAACGCCGAACCAUCAUCAUCCAGCAUCGAGAAUGAAAUCAACGCUGAAGUCGCUGAAAUGAAGCAUCCCGAAGCAGCGCCACUCUUCACACCAAUACGGAUAGACGUGCAAUGCGUGGUGUUCUUCAAGACCACGGCGCCGAUCGAGCCCGUCAGCUUCGUGAAGCGGAUCUGCGAGGACGCCAUGAAGAGGGCCAGCCGCAAACGCACGCGCUGGACGAAGCGACUUUCUCCGAUGACCUUGAUGGGGCGGGCGUCGCUGGAUGGGCUGGAAAAGGUCGCGCUUACAGUGCUCGAACCACAUUUUCACCAGACCCCGUUGGAGCCGCGGAAGUUUGCGAUUCGUCCGACCUUGCGGAAUCAUAACCUCAUCAAGCGAGACGGGAUCAUUAAGCUGGUGGCUCAGUGUGUGGGUUCGGGGCAUCAGGUGGAUCUGAAGAACUAUGAUUUGCUCAUAGUGGUUGAGGUGUUCCAGAAUAUAUGUGGAGUGAGUGUGGUUGACGACAGCUUCGAGCGCCUCAAGCGAUUCAAUCUCGCAGAGAUUUACGAUCCUACCCCAAUUACAGACAUUAAUGAGGGCAAAGCGCCAGUGUCAGCUGUGAAGGCUGAAGAGGGUACUAUGGAGGUCGAUGGGACGCCGGGCAGCCAUGCAUUGAUGCCGGCUUCAGCUUCCAAGCCAGAAGACGUCGCUCCGGAGCUCGAUCCUAUAGCGAGCAAGACUGCAUCAAUGGUUGAUGCAGCGCCCAGCGUUGAGACGCCAGCAUCGUCAUCAGCUCCCAAAGCUGAAGAGGUGGCCAUGGUGCUUGAUUCUGGCGCAGAGAGGACUGCAUCUAUGGCGGACACGCGAUAA